GGUCUAUGUCUUUGCUCGUUUUUGUCUUAUUGGGCCUUAUCUUUCUCUCUUAGUUAGGGUUUGAUGAUCAUAUCUUUGUACGACACACACAAUCAUACGCUUGAAAAUAACAGAAAAUAAAAAAGCGAAAACGAAUGUGAAAGGAAAGAGGGGAGCUUCGCAGUAGAAGCGAACGAGAUAGAAGAGAAGGCUCGACCCACAUAACUUGAUUGAUUCGUCGUCUCGCUCUAAGUCCACUCGAUUUCUUAUCUCUCUGGUCGCGCGCUUCCAUUUAUCGUUGUUGGAUUGUUUCGAUAGAUAGAUAUCAUUCGAUAAGCAUACACACAUGUCGGGGAUGUUACCUGGGGAGUCUUCGCAUCAGAUUCAAGGAGGGUCCGAGGGCAGUGGGUAUUCGAGGAACAGUCUUGACAGGCAGCCAGAGGAAGUAGGUCGAUGGUAUUUUUCGAGGAAGGAGAUUGAAGAGAGCUCCCCUUCUAGAAGAGAGGGUAUAGACCUAAAGAAAGAGACUUACUUCCGCAAGUCCUACUGCACCUUCUUGCAGGAUUUGGGCAUGAGGUUAAAAGUGCCCCAGGUAACAAUUGCAACGGCAAUAAUCUUUUGUCAUCGGUUCUUCAUUCGUCAAUCGCAUGCAAAGAAUGAUAGAAGAACCAUUGCGACUAUAUGUAUGUUCCUUGCUGGCAAGGUAGAAGAGACUCCUCGUCCAUUAAAAGAUGUUAUUGUUGUCUCAUAUGAGAUUAUAAACAAAAAGGAUCCAGCGGCGGCCCAGAGGAUCAAACAAAAGGAAGUAUAUGAGCAGCAAAAAGAACUUAUUUUACUUGGGGAGAGGGUUGUACUUGCAACUCUUGGUUUUGACCUCAAUGUCCAUCACCCUUAUAAGCCCCUGGUUGAAGCAAUAAAGAAAUUUAAGGUUGCACAGAAUGCCCUUGCUCAAGUAGCAUGGAACUUUGUUAAUGAUGGACUGAGGACAUCGCUCUGCCUGCAAUUUAAGCCCCAUCACAUAGCGGCGGGUGCCAUUUUCCUUGCUGCCAAGUUCCUCAAAGUGAAGCUUCCAUCGGAUGGUGAGAAGGUCUGGUGGCAAGAAUUUGAUGUCACCCCACGCGAAUUGGAGGAGGUUAGUAAUCAGAUGCUGGAGCUUUAUGAGCAAAACAAAGUUCCCCCUUCUCAGGGUAGUGAAGCAGAAGGGAGUGGCGGUGGUGGGCAAGGUCGUAGGGCCACAGGAAAAGCUCCUGUUGGGAAUGAGGAACAGGCCUCAAAGCAACUAUCAUCACAACCGGAAACUUCAGACAACCAUGGGGUGCAACCAAGAACCUCACAAAAUCAAAGUAAUGAUAAUGGGAGCACUGAAAUGGGCAGUGUUAUUAUUGAUCACAAAUUGGAUUCAGAGACUAAAGAUGAUCAGCACCCUGAGCAUUUGUCUCACAAGGAGAACAUGAGAGAAUAUCCAAACAGGUCCAAACCUGGGGCAGAGCGAAUGGGGGGCGAAGAUCAAGAAAGAACUGGUGCCCGAAAUAAUCUCGUCGAAGCAGGAGAUUGGAGAGAUGAUGGGACAUCACGCAAGUUCAACAGUGUGGUCGGAAGAAACUUGGAUCUCCGGGAAGGCCCACUUGGCCAGUCCCCGAAGGAUGCUAUUAAAAUGAUUGACAAGGAUAAGGUGAAGGCAGCACUUGAGAAAACGAGGAAAUCUCGCGGAGAAACAACUCGGAAAAAAGAUGUUAUGGAUGAGGAUGAUCUCAUUGAAAGGGAGCUAGAAGAUGGGGUUGAAUUGGCAGCUGAGGUCAAGAGGGAGGGAAGGCAGAGCUCGAAUAGAACUGGGAAUUCUGAAGGAACUAAGGACCAUGGAGAAAGCGGAGAUGGAAACCAUGUUGGCAGGAAAGGGCAGUCAUCAAGGGGUCUGGAAACUGAAAAUGCAGAAGAGGGAGAAAUGAUAGAUGAUGCUUUCCCCGUACUGAAAAUCCGAAAGAGGAAAGCGGGGAGCCCAGCUGAUCGGCAGUUGGAGGGAAAGAAACGGCAUGAUUACAUGCCAAACAAUCAUGAUACCAUAGAAGAUGGACACCGAAUGGCCCGGGGUGCUUAUGGUGACAGGGAGAACAGGAAGCAUUCUCAUGAUAACCAUUUUUGAAGCAUCACUGAGAUGUUUUGUGAUUUCCUCGAGUUACUGGCACUUUUGAGACCCUGGAAACUGCUGCUAUUAGUUUUCAUUAUGAAUUUUCCCGUAUGGCGUGUUGUCAAUGCACAACAUGUAAUGGGGAUGCUCUAGUUUUGCAAUGGCAGAGCCACCUAAAGUGAGAAAUGUAUUUGAACUAUUUCUUAAGCUCCUAUAUUUAUAUAAUGUAGCAGGAGGAACAUGAGAUUUCUCGUGAUUGAAUAGAAAGCAAGAUGCCUAAUCUAAAA